AGGAGGUCUGACCUGGGGGCGGAGGGCUGGGCACCGUCUUGGCCAGGGGCUGCUGCUUCUUACCUGUUUUCUCCACCUGUCCUGACUGCUGUGGCCACCGCCCCAGCCUGUCUGUGGAGGGAAGCAAAGUUUUCCCAGGCCAGAAGGAGGGAGAAAGGAGACAGGGAGCUGCCCUGUGGGACCCAGAAUGCCCAGCAGUCAGGAUCCCUGGAAGUGAGCAGGCCUGGGGAACACGGCAUGGCGCAGGUGGCUGGGGCCUCCCGCCCUCGGGCUGCUCCGGGCCAGCCCUUUGUGUUCAAGCUGGUCCUCCUGGGAAGUGGCUCUGUGGGCAAGUCCAGCUUGGCUCUCCGGUAUGUGAAGAAUGACUUCAGGGGUACCCUGCCUACCGUGGGAUGUGCAUUCUUCACAAAGGUGGUGGAUCUGGGUGCUGCGUCUCUGAAGUUGGAGAUCUGGGACACGGCCGGCCAGGAGAAAUACCACAGCGUCUGCCACCUCUACUUCAGGGGAGCCAAUGCUGCGCUUUUGGUGUAUGACAUCACCAGGAAGGAUUCCUUCGACAUGGCUCAGCAGUGGCUGAAGGACCUGGAGAAGGAGUUCCACCCAGGAGAGAUCGUGGUGAUGCUGGUCGGCAACAAGACGGACCUCGGCGAGGAGCGGGAGGUGACGUUUGAGGAGGGGAAGGAGUUUGCAGAGAGCAAGAGGCUGCUGUUCAUGGAAACAUCGGCCAGGCUGAACCACCAGGUGACCGAGGUUUUCAGCGCAGUCGCCCGAGAGCUGCUGCAGAGAGAAGAGAGGAAGGAGGGCCAGACCCAGCGGAGAGAUGCUCGGCUGGCUCUGAACGAGAGGCCCGCGGGACAGGCCAAGUGCUGUGCGCGCUAGGAGCAGCCACUGCAGGAGGGGCUGUGGGCAGGACGCCCCCAGGUCCAGCCCCGGCUGGUCCUCAGGGUGAGCCGCUGCCUGCUCCGUGUUGACGGUGGCACUAAUUUUCAUUCACCCUUGAUGCUGCCUUGUUCCUGAGUCCUAGAGGUGACCUGAAGCGGGUAUCCCGGAGAGCAGCCACUUCCCAAAGCUGACAGGAGUCAUUCAGGAGAGGAUCCCGUGCCACAUGGCUCCCAGAGGAUGUCAGCCCCGUCUCCCCAGACACCCACAUACCGAUUGAUUCCUGGAUACUCGGGCCACGUGGGCCUGCCACUGCCUGGAUUGCUGUCCCCUCAGCUGCCUGGCCAUCAGAUACAGAGGAAUGAAAUGGGUUAGAAGGGAGACAAGAAGCAGAAAGAUACUUGGAUCACUCUCGUGGAUCACUGUGGUGGCUGGACAGUCACCUUACACCUGCUGUUGGGCAGGGGCUGCCUGGUGGCCGGGCCCACCUGCUCCUGGGAGGUGGGAGAGGAGGGAGCAGGCCCAGAUGGAGGCAGCAGUGUGUGGAAGAAAUGGAGCAGCCAUGGGGGGCUGGGUCCAUCUCCUCCGGAUCUCAGUGAGUGGCCCCCAGGAAUGACAGCAUCUGCCAACGAGCAGCCAGGGGCCCUCUUCUGGCUGUAAAUUUGAUGACCCGAUGCUUGUGCCCAGUGAGCGUGAGGAUUCAGACUUUUGACCUGAGGUAUAAGUGGUACUCUUUAUGCGUUUUUCUCCAAAAGUUAAACCGCUUUCUGUAAUCUGGUCUUUGGUGAGUUGGCAAGGUGGGGUUUGUUAUGGCGCAUAUUCUAGGGGGACUCAUGGUGAGUAAGUCAGGAUGUAGGCCCAUGUGGCAGGCUGUGACUACACUGGGCAUGGGCCAUCUCUCUGCUGGUGACACGUCAUGUAUUCACCUCAUUGCUGUGGCCUUUACAGAGGCCCAGAUGGUCACUCUGGAAGGUGAGCCCUAGUGGCAAGGUGAAGGUAUUUCAAAGGCUAUUUUUGGGGGGUUAGUGUUGAUUUUCAUCCUUGCUUCUGGGACUCUGAUAAGCAGAUCUGAAAUUUUAAAUAAUAGGACACUUUUAUCCAUCUGAAAAGGGCGGCUCCAAGACAUUGACUAUAAGGAUGGACAGAAGGACAAAUGCAUAGCAUCCUUUUCCCUUGACUCUGAACUUCCUGACAGACCAAAAGGGUGCUCCAGCGUUCCGAGGGGCUCCUUCCGUCUUAUCCUCCAGGCUUGCUCUCUGCUUUUGUUCAACCUACAUGGGAACAUCAUCCCGGCCCCUGGGCCUGGAACUUGGGUGCAGCUCAGCCGACGAGGAGCCCUGGCAGGGUAUGGACCAGGGCAUGGACACGAGGCAUUGGCCAGGAUCCAUCUCAGUGAGGUCACCUCAGCAUGGCCUGUCCCCACCCAAGGUCACAGCUCCCCUCGAGGAGGCCUCCCCUUCCAGGGUCUGGCCGUGGCUCCCUCCCUCGUGUCAGUCCUGGGGCUGCCAUGCUCUAACCACACCUUGGCAGGCGUUAUCCUCGCUGGGGGGAGUUGGGUCCCUGGCAGAUCCAGCUUCUGUUCCGGGAAGAUGGAAACAGCCCAUGUGUCCCACGGAUCCAGACUUUCCUGAUGCUUCUCUUGAAAGAAACUUCUCCUGUGAUCUUUCUAGACAAAAGCAGAUUUCACAAGCCUCUUCCCUGUGAUGAUCUUCGAGAAAAGCUAAAGGAUAAAUAAAAAUAGCUGCCGAGACAG